AUGCCGGAGCAGCUCAGCGUCGCCGAGUUCCUGGCCGUCACCGCGGAGGACCUCAGCUCUCCGGCCGGGGCCGUGGCCUUCGCCGCUAAGAUGCCCCGGUGCCGGGGGGCGGUGCUGGCGCGGGAGGAGAGCCUGGAAGGAGACCAAGCCAUCCUGCAGAAAAUAAAGAAGUCUGUGCGGGCGAUUCACAGCUCCGGCCUUGGCCACGUGGAGAAUGAGGAACAGUAUCGAGAGGCUGUGGAGUCCUUGGGCAACAGCCACCUGUCCCAAAACAGCCACGAGCUGUCCACAGGCUUCCUGAACUUGGCUGUGUUCACUCGCGAGGUGGCCGCACUUUUCAAGAACCUGAUUCAGAACCUGAACAACAUUGUCUCUUUCCCCCUGGACAGCCUGUUGAAGGGGCAGCUGAGGGACGGGCGACAGGAUUCAAAAAAGCAGCUGGAGAAGGCAUGGAAGGACUACGAAGCCAAAAUGGCCAGGCUGGAGAAGGAGAGGGAUCGGGCCAGGGCUGCAGGAGGGAACCCUGGGGAGGUGGCCCAGGACACUCAGAGAGAACGGCGCAUCUUCCAGCUGCACAUGUGUGAGUAUCUGCUGAAAGCCGGGGAGAGCCAGGUGAAGCAAGGUCCUGAUUUUCUGCAGAGCCUCAUCAAGUUCUUCCAUGCCCAGCACAACUUUUUCCAAGAUGGCUGGAAAGCUGCUCAGAGCCUGUCUCCCUUCAUUGAGAAGCUGGCAGCCUCAGUACACACACUGCGCCAAGCCCAGGAGGAGGAGCUUCAGAAGCUGACCCAGCUCCGGGACUCCCUCCGGGGGACACUACAGCUCGAGAGCAGAGAGGAGAGUGUGGGCCGAAAGAACUCUGGAGGUGGCUACAGCAUCCACCAGCACCAGGGCAACAAGCAGUUUGGGACAGAGAAGGUGGGCUUUCUGUACAAGAAAAGUGAUGGAAUUCGAAGAGUCUGGCAGAAAAGGAAGUGUGGGGUCAAGUAUGGCUGCCUGACCAUCUCACACAGCAUGAUAAAUCGGCCCCCGGUGAAGCUGACCCUGCUGACCUGCCAAGUGAGACCAAACCCUGAAGAGAAGAAGUGCUUUGACCUGGUGACCCACAACCGGACAUACCACUUCCAGGCGGAGGAUGAACACGAGUGUGAGGCAUGGGUAUCAGUGCUGCAGAACAGCAAGGAUGAAGCCUUGAGCAGUGCCUUCCUUGGGGAUCCCAGCAGUGGCCCGGGACCCUGUGGGGGUGCCGGGCUGGAUGGAGAGCCCCGGGACUUCACGAAGCUGCUAAUCGCUGAGGUGAAGAGCAGGCCCGGGAAUGGCCAGUGCUGCGACUGCGGGGCUCCAGACCCCACGUGGCUUAGUACCAACCUGGGCGUGCUCACCUGCAUCCAGUGCUCUGGCGUCCACCGUGAGCUGGGCGUGCGCUUCUCACGUAUGCAGUCCCUCACCUUGGACCUCCUGGGCCCUUCUGAGUUGUUGCUGGCCUUGAACAUCGGCAACACACGCUUCAAUGAGGUCAUGGAGGCCCAGCUACCCUCACAUGGCAGCCCUAAACUUUCAGCUGAGAGUGACAUGAGCCCCCGCAGGGAUUACAUUGUGGCCAAGUAUGUGGAACACAGGUUUGCCCGCCGGUCCACUUUCGAGCCUCAGAGACUCUGGACAGCCAUUUAUAACCGGGACCUCCUGUCGGUACUGGAAGCCUUUGCUAAUGGGCAAGACUUUGGACAGCCACUGCCUGGGCCGGACAGACAGGCACCUGGAGAGCUCGCCCUGCACUUGGCUGUCAGAGUCGCCAACCAGGCCUCCCUGCCUCUGGUGGAUUUCAUCAUCCAGAAUGGCGGUCAUCCAGAUGCCAAGGCCCCUGAUGGGAACACCGCUCUGCACUAUGCUGCCCUGUACAACCAGCCCAGCUGCCUCAAGCUGCUGCUGAAAGGGAGAGCCUCAGUUGGCACAGUGAAUGAGGCAGGAGAGACGGCUCUGGACAUGGCCAGGAAGAAGCAGCACAAGGAGUGUGAGGAGCUGCUGGAGCAGGCCCAGGCUGGGACCCUCACUUUCCCUCUGCACCUGGACUACUCCUGGGGGAUUUCCACGGACCCUGGCUCUGACAGUGAGGAGGAUGAAGAGGAGAAGCGCUGUCCUCUGAAGCCCCCAGCGCAAGCACGCUGGGGCAGUGGGAGGCUGGACAUCAGCAACAAGACCUAUGAGACCAUUGCCAGCCUGGGAUUAGCCACCCCUCAGAGCCAGAAUGAGGAUAUCCCCCCACCCUUGCCUAUCAAAAACCCUUCUCGGACCACGGUCCAGGGGCGUGCAGGAUAUGCCAGUGGAGAUUGUUCCGAAGCCCCCAACCUGAGCUCAGAGCCCUCUGGGUCACCUGAGAGCCUGGGCAGCCCAGCCUCCUCCUCCUCCAGCCUCACGAGCGCCGUGGAGCCUGGGGGUCCCAGCCAAGCCCUGCCUAGCUCUGAGGAGAGCCUCCGGGAGCACCCGGGCACCAGUAGACCCAGCCUGCCAUCUGGGACCGCUCCUGCAGAGAUGUAUCCCCCUGUCAGGUUCAGCUCUGAGAGCACGCGCUCCUAUCGGCGGGGAGGCCGGAGCCUGGAAGACAGUCCUUCAGCCCGGCUGCCGCUGCCCAGAAGGAACAUGCCGGUCAGCCUUACUGAAGGAGAUAGCUCAAGGACUGAGGUUCUCCCGGCAAGUUCUGUGCAACUUUUGCAAGACUAG